AAACCCACACACAAAACAGAAAACUCAACCACUUCCAUUCAAACCCUCUCGCUUUGGUUUUAGGGUUUAUUGUUAGUGAGCAAAUAGCAAUGGCAGCAGCUGGGCAACUGAACGUGAUUGAUUCACCUUCGCGUGGUUCCCGUAGCGUCGAUUGCUUCGAGAAACUCGAACAAAUCGGUGAAGGAACCUAUGGUCAAGUUUACAUGGCGAAAGAGAUCGAAACCGGUGAAAUUGUUGCUCUCAAGAAAAUACGUAUGGAUAAUGAAAGAGAAGGGUUUCCUAUUACUGCGAUACGCGAAAUCAAAAUUCUAAAGAAACUACAUCAUGAAAAUGUAAUUAAGUUGAAGGAAAUCGUUACGUCUCCAGGCCCUGAGAAAGAUGAUCAAGGAAGGCCAGAUGGAAACAAAUAUAAAGGGGGCAUAUAUAUGGUCUUCGAUUAUAUGGAUCAUGAUUUAACAGGUCUUGCGGACCGACCUGGCAUGAGAUUUACUGUCCCCCAGAUUAAAUGUUACAUGAGGCAGCUUUUGACAGGACUGCACUAUUGUCAUGUCAAUCAAGUUCUACACCGUGAUAUUAAAGGCUCAAAUCUUCUCAUUGAUAAUGAAGGUAACCUGAAGCUGGCAGAUUUUGGAUUGGCAAGGUCAUUUUCGAAUGAGCACAAUGCAAACCUUACAAAUCGAGUCAUCACAUUAUGGUACAGACCCCCUGAGUUACUACUGGGUACAACAAGGUAUGGGCCAGCUGUAGACAUGUGGUCCGUUGGGUGCAUUUUUGCCGAGCUUCUUCACGGGAAACCCAUCUUUCCUGGAAAAGAUGAGCCAGAGCAAUUAAAUAAGAUUUUUGAGCUGUGUGGAGCACCGGAUGAGGUGAACUGGCCUGGAGUUCAAAAGACUCCUUGGUACAAUCAGUUUAAGCCAACAAGACCGAUGAAAAGGCGUCUGAGGGAAGUUUUCAGACAUUUUGAUCGCCAUGCAUUGGAGUUGUUGGAGAAGAUGCUCACACUUGAUCCUGCUCAGAGAAUUUCUGCCAAGGACGCACUUGAUGCUGAGUACUUCUGGACUGAUCCAUUACCAUGCGAUCCCAAGAGUUUACCCAAGUAUGAGUCAUCACAUGAGUUUCAGACCAAGAAAAAGCGUCAGCAGCAAAGGCAAAAUGAAGAAAAUGCCAAGCGUCUUAAAAUGCAGCAUCCGCAGCAGCAUACUCGUCUUCCCCCGAUUCAGCAGGGUGGACAUCAUGCCCAAAUGCGGCAAGGUCCUAGCCACCCUAGUCAUGGAUCUCAACCAGCAGUCGCUGCAGGACCUAGCCAUCAUUAUGGUAAGCCUCGUCCCUCUGGUGGGCCAGGAAGAUAUCCUCCUGGUGGGAACCCUAGUGGGGGUUACAAUCAUCCAAAUCGUGGAGGUCAAGGAGGGGGUGCUGGUUAUGGUAGUGGGACAUAUCCUCCUCAAGGGCGGGGGGCACCUUAUGGGUCUGGUGCUAUGCCUGCAGGACCCGGUGGUGGUCCUCGCGGUGGAGGUGGCAGUGGCUAUGGGGUUGGAGGUCCAAAUUAUCCUCAAGGUGGUCCUCCACAUGGUGGAUCGGCUGCUGGUCGUGGGUCAAACAUGAUGGGUGGGAAUCGCAACCAACAAUAUGGUUGGCAGCAGUAGAGCAUUUUCAUAUCUCAAUGAUUGAUAUUGUUGUGAUUUGGUGAUAAUCUGAGAUGAUUCUUGAUAAGGAGUUGUAAUAGGAUGAGAGAUGAUAGAUUGAGAGUAUUUGGGAAAGAAGGCUUUUGUGUUUAUAUAACAGUAUGAUCAUUACUUAAUCUAUCUGGAAUUCUUUGUGAAGCUCCUAAAAUAUUUGAUCCCUUUAGUUUUGAGACUUAGAUCUGCAGCUUGUUUGAAUGAAAUCAAUCUGCAGAUUGUUAUUGUAGUUGUAUACACCACGCUACUGAAUUUUGUAUUCUUUAAAUGCAGACUACGAAUCGCUGUAACUAGCUGUUUCAAUUGUAAUACGAAGAUAAAAAAUAUCAACUUACUUAGGCCUACUCGGAAACCAAGGCUUUUGUGUCUGAA